GACGGGACUAAAUUCGGCACGUGUGUCCAGGCACAUGUUGACGUCGAGAGAGAGAGAGAGAGAGUGAGGGAGAGAGAGAUACUGACAGAGAGAGAAAGAGAGAGAGGUGGAGAAAAAAACAGCGAAGGAAACGCGAGUAAACCUGCGGUGGUCUGGCGGAGCCCAUGCACCUACCGAGCAGCCGGGAUAAGAGUCGAGGCCGGUGGCGGAGUCGUUGGGUUUGAACCGCUUUCAAGGACCUUCAAGAAUUCGGUGUUGUCCAUGUGUCUACCCCACUCCUUACCCACCCUCCAUCUCUCCCUCCUUCUCCCUCCCUCCUCCUGACCGUAUGCCCCGGCCUCCUUGCACGCACUUGCUUUCGUGGGACAUUCUCAGUUCAUGCAGUCUGCAGGAAGCACUUCCUCCCAGCCACCGCUGGACACACCCAGCUCGGGUGACAGCUUCCUGUUCAGUGAUGAUGACUCUGAGGUCUUCCUGUUGGAGGAGAGUGAGGGCCGCUCCAGCCAGAGCGUGUGCAGUCUGGACGGCGGCCUGGAUAGUCCCGGCUCCCAGUGGGCCCGAGACGGCUUCGGAGAGAGCUCAGAGGUCAGCAGGGAUCACAGCAGAUCAGCUUCUGGAUCCAACUCGUCCUCCUCCCUCUCCCUCUCCUCUUCCUCCUCCUCGGGGCUAGGCUGGAGCAGCGCGGAGGGCAAGGGAGGAAAGGAGAAGGAAAAAUCCGGAGGGACACAAGGAGACGCAUUCUUUGCUCAGAAAUGUUUGGAGCUUCAGGGAUUCGUCAGGCCCCUGUUGGAGCUUUUGAAUGGACUGAAGAAAGGACGAUUUGACAAAGGUCUGAGCAGUUUCCAGCAGAGUGUUGCCAUGGACCGAAUCCAGAGGAUUGUGGGAGUGCUGCAGAAGCCUCACAUUGGGGAGAAGUAUUUGCCCACCCUGUUGCAGAUAGAGAUGAUGCUAAAACUCUGGUUCCCUCAAGUGACCCUUCGCCCUGCAGGGACAACCGUCUCCACAGACCUUUCAGGACAGGGCACGUCUAGUACUAACACACCCCCACACAAGCACAAAGACCAACUGCACAUUCCAGUUAAGAAGCGAAGGCUGAGUUGGUCCGACACAGACUCCUCUUCCACUCCUCCUCCUGUUGCAUGUAAGCAGGUCAAAGUUCAUGAAAAGUUGAGUCAGCAGACGAAAGAGGAAGGAGGUGAGGGCUCAUCUGGAUGUAGACCACAAAUAGACCAAUCAGAGAAGAGAGAAGGGAAAACGUCAGGACACAAAGCCAUCCACUGGUCCGAGCCUAGCCUGACGUGGGUGCAUGUUGCACCCAUCUUCUCUCCCCCUAAGUCCUGCCCCUCUCACGAAGGUGGAGACGGGGCCAAACAGAGUGGGCGUGGCUAUGUUCUGCUCACAAUCCCUCCUCCCACCAGCAGGGGCAGUCCGGCGACCCAGGACAGCUCCAUCUCCUCCACGACACCCUUCUCUGAACCUGUCGGGUGCCAAAGCCAGCCAGUCGACACAGAGACAACGAAUCCGGCGAGUGGGUGGGAGCAGUCCCCUCCAAUCACAACACAGCCUUCAAGUCGGGCAGAGCUCCGCCCAUUAGAAACUUGAACGCACUAAAAACAAGCACAACCAAAAGAGAAACUUGUCAGAGCAAUUGUGUGGAGAACUUCGAGGUAUUUCCUUUAAAGUGAUCGCUUAAACAGUGUUUUUUUUAUUUUUGAUGAAUAUCUGGGCAGCUUUGGAUUGGCUUGUCUGAGAAUACAUGCUUUUAAGAUUCUUUUAAAAAAAAGGAUUGAAAACCAGUGAAAACCAGGCCCAUGAAUUACAGCUGCAAUGUGACAUGCUGAUCUAGAAUCAGUUACCCAGUCCUGUGAAUGAAAUGGAAAGAAGUAGUGGGGUGUGUGUGCGCAUGCUUGCAAAUGUGUUUGUGUGUGUGUGUGUGUGUGUGUGUGUGUGUGUGUGUGUGUGUGUAAUUGGUAGGAAGUUGAAGACAUAGAUUUGGCUGGAGCCCCAAAUUUGUAAGGUCAAUUAGAACCAGCAUGCAAUAAUGUACUGAAAGGUCAGCAUUAGGUCAGUAUUUCACAUUAGUGUUCAUUUUGGCAAUUUCAGAGUAAAGAAAUAUGCGUACGCGCACACACACACACACACACACACACACAGUGUAAAAAGUGUUGCUUUAAAUUUAUUUGAUUCAAAUACAUGAAUAAAAUGCUUUUCAUUAACACUAUUCUUGCCAAAAGUAAAUGAAAUGAACAACAGCAAUUGUCUUGAUUUCAUUUCAUUCAGGUGGAACCAACAUAAACAAUUGAUUUCAAUUAAACUUAGAGCAACACUUUUAUUAGUAAAGAGCCGCAGCUGCCCAGAACUGUGUUGUCCUGCCAUGUUGUAUCGCAGAUGCUGGUUAAGUAUUUGGAAGGUGCAGCCGUCUAAAUGCUGGACCUAUCAUCGGGAGACUGCAAGUUCAGUCCCUGGCGAUGCCACAGCCAUCCUUGGCCAGGAGUGGCCUCACUCUCCUUGGGUGGGUAAGAUGGCCCUCCUUCUCCCCCCUUCAAUAGCCAAUAUGGAUGCGUGUUUGCUGACGUAACAGAAUUGGUAGUUAGUGUUCUCCUCCAAGUGUGUUGAGCUGUUCAUUAGUAGUGCAUUAGCAUCAGUUUGGUUUAACCCAGAGGUAGCAUGUGCUAGCCUUCACUCUCCCAGCUUGGUAGCAUUGUGUGAUGGGGAGGCCUCGCUAAUGGGUGGGAAUAGGACAUGACUAAAUUGGGGAGAAGAUGGGAAAUUGCAGCAGGAUAUCACAGUUCAGGGACAAAGGCUGUUUGUACCACUGAAUAUAAAAAUGUAGCACCGAUUAUGAACUGACACUUUUAUUAUGACUGAUGUAACAAUUGAUGAAGUGUGGGGGUCCGUUGCAAUGACCACUAAGUGAAAGAUCACAACAUUUUACUGGACUGAUGCCUGUUUACUAAUUCGGCAUCUGGAUAAAGAACUCCAGUUGCAAUGUUUCAGAGGUGAACAGUCUUUAUUUUUCGUCCAAGUUACAACAGACCGUUGCAGGACAAGAUGUUUCGAAUCAGGAAUUCCAGGCUAGAAUGAAUAGGCUGUUUUGCACAUAUUGCAGAUCAGCAUGCCUACAAACAUUUAACUUAUUAAAACAAUCACAGUUGCAUUAUUUGAUUCAUUUCAGCGCACAUAAGAAGCAUAAUUAGAUGAACUGAAAUAGGAAAAAAACAUCUUGUAAAUCAUCUUUUAUGCGGCUUCCUAAAAUAGUUUGUCCACUUAUGAUAGAGUACUCCGUCAUGUGAUGUUGCAGACUAAUGAAAUCACUCCCUCCUGGAAGUCCCCUGUGUUCAGUCUUUGGAAAUCAUAGGGAAAAAUGGGAGAAAGGGAGUAAAAUUUAAAGCACUUUAUCUGAAUUGGAACGGAAACAUGUAGCAUCAGGCGAGGUCAGGCGAGGGGCAGUGCUGAAGGCUUGUGUGUAAUUGUAAGUCAAGUUACAAUGUGUAGUGGUUUAACUAGGUUAAGCUGCAAAGCACUGCAUUGAGUCAAUCGUCCAUUGUAGAUCAUUUAACCCCUUAAACUCUAGAUUUAUUAUUGUUAUUAAGGCUUAUUAUCUUACAGCUUAUUAUUCAGUAAUUACUACGAAGUAACUUGCAUUAAACUAAUUUAUCAAUUAACUAUUUGUGACAGGUAUGUAGUUACAUUAUUAUUGCAAUUUCAGCCAUAAGAAUCAUUGACUGAGUCAAGGUUGAUCAAUUAAUAUGUAAUUUAGCUCUCAAAGCAUACUGCUUAGGGCUUAAUGACAUAUUGUGUCCUCCAACGGUGAUCUUGCGCUAAGCCGUGAUCAUUGCACUUGGCCCAAAGGGUUUGUAACAGGGCAUUAUGCAGCCUAUCUCUGCAUCUGAUACAAUCAAAACCCUUUCAACCAAAAUGAGACUUGCUGUGCUCACAGUGGUAGGAUUUACAAAGUGAGCGAUAUUUCCACCUCUGGUGUGAGAAACUCUCCUGCCAGUAUUGUACUAACGAUGUCAAUAUGGCUGAAAGAAAGGACACUCGAGCACUGAAUGAAGAAAGUGGCGUAGUCGACCAUAAAGAAAAAAUACUAUGGAAAAAAGAAGAUGCACAAAGUGGUGCAAUAUGCAGAAAGGGAGGAGAGAAUGUACAGUGUCUGAAUGAAAGCAAAGAGCCAUGGGGUCUGGGGCAAGGGUCAUCGGUCAGGGUUUCAAGAGUUACAUCAGCGGUCACUCUUGGAAUAAACAUCAAACCUUAUAUGCCCCGCCCCUAGAUUCCAGUCUUUAUUUAUUCAUUUGUUGAUUUAUGCAUUUAUUUAUGUUCGUUUGGUUAUUUAUUCAUAUGGCAGCUGGCAGAAUAGGCGCUUAUUCUACAGCUUGCUUUGUAGAGGUUUAAGUUGUGUUUUUUUUUGGUGAGAUUAAUAUCAACAUUAAUGGAAAAAUGAAGGAAAUCGCUGAUUGGAAAAACCUGUGCCUUUUCACCAAAUAGGAUGUGCAAAAGUAUUUACGCUACAUUUUGAUUGUGGAUUUUUAGAGGAAAAGGGGUACAGAUUAUAAAGUACUCAAACACACGAAUCUCUGCAAAUCCUCAAACGCAUACACUGACAAUGUGCUUUAUUAGAAUCUCCUACCUUACUGGCCACUGUAUGAGCUCCACCCUAUCUUAUAGCUCCACUAUAUAGGUGUACAGUUACAAACUGUAGCCCAUCUGUUGUGAAGUACAGUUUCCAUGGUAGUGGCACAGCAAUGAAUGCCAUGCUGGUACAAGUAUAUCAGGUACCCCGGUGUUGCUGAAGGUUUUACACACAUCGGCAGGUUGCGAGUCAGUUAGCUGAAGAUUAAUUGAUGUAUAAAUAAUUGCGGUUAACAUGUUUUUUGUUCAUUACAGCUAUUAACGUACAAGCCUAAAGUGGCUAAAUUGGCUGAUUAUCUCCCAGCUAACAAUACAGCUCAAGCUCAAAUAGACUCACUGCUGCCCUCUACAGGUGUUAUUGCACCUGUUAGAAGUUAGAACUUUAGUUCUAUAAACCAGGAGUCUGUGAUCUUAAGAAUUACUGAGUCAGGCAUCCAACUCUUUCAACACAUUUGCAAUCACUUGGGGAAGGGGUCUGAGGCACAACUGACCUUACAGAACGUUCUUCCGGACGUUGCAUGCAAUUACACAUUUUCACCAGAGAGGUCCCUAAAAAAUCCCUAAAAGUUCUGUAGUGUAGCUUUAUUUGCAUGCCUUUGCCUUGACCCAGCUGUGAAAAAUAAUUCCGAUCAUCUCAAAUGAGAUCAGGCGAUUAUGUAAUAAUUUUGAAAGGCUUAGGUGGGAAAUACCCUGCAGCACUGUGGUCAGAAGCUGACCACUGAUGAAAGACUUGUGCAUGAACAUAUGGACUCCAGUUUGCUGUACACCACCAGGGUGGUCCUAGAGAGUAGGGGUUUCUAAUAAAGUGACCGGAGAGUGUAAAAGCAUUUAUGUUUUUGUGAUCCACACCAACAAGCAGCCAUAGCAACAGAAGCAGUGAUAGCGGUUCAGACCUGUCACCGAGCAUCUUGCACUCUCAGAAUCCACCAAACAUGACAGUCGAUUUCCAACGAACACAUCCAGGAUAUGGAGUGAUGCCCCCUUCACUCCUUUUUGGAGCGCUGAGACUGAUGGUGAACACAUUUCAUCAUCUGUCACAGUCAAUUCCCACAUUAAUCAUCUAGCAGUGUCUAAAAACUUGAAAACAUUGUAUCACAUUUGGUUGAUAUGAUAUAAAAAGGGACGAAAAAUCAAACUGCAUCAAACUUCAUGUGCUGCUGAAGUGUUUCUAAAAGAGAUUUUUAACGGUUAUUGAUAUAAUUCACUCUGCUCUGUGUGCAGUUUCACAAUUCUAAACUCAAACAACGUUUACUGCCCUGGCAAUGCAUUCAUUUUCUAUUUGAAGUGUGCGUUCAUUCUUUCUUUUUUUUUUUGUUUGUUUGUUUUUUUUGGUUAUUUUUCAACAUAACGUUUUUGUACAAAUUGAUUGCACUUACUUUGGUUCUAUUUUUUCAUGUUUUUAGCUGUACAGAUCAAUACAGCUGGUCAUGAAUGAUGAAGCGAAUGACCUUGUUUCUUGAGCCUUUUUUUUGUACGACAGUAGAGCCCCUUUCUCCUUUGCUGAAGCCCUUUCCUCCUUUCUUCUUCCUCUCGCUCUUCCUCUGUCCUGCUCACUUUGUUGAUUCCCUCUUCUACUUCUCUCCUGUGUUUCUUCCCCUCGCUCUGUAGCUUUAUUGUUCUUUCUACUUUUUCAAUAAGGAAAAAAUGGAAAUCUUUUAAUAAACAAAACAUUUUGGAAAUAA